ACAGCCAGGCCUUAGCUGCCACGCCCGGUCUUGACCUGCGUCUAGUUGAACUCCGUAGACCAGCAGACUCGGUACGAAGUCUUCUUUGUGGGCGGAGGGUGUUCUUCCUAGGCAGGGGGAGUGGAGAGGUCCCGAAAGCCAAUCGUUGGUCUGGCAGUUAUCUUUAGCAGCAGCUGGAACACAAGUGCGGGCGUCUCAGCUGUCUCACUCUCCAGGCUGUGGUGGGUCACUGGGUCCUCCAGCCCCGGGAGUGGAGCAGCCCUCUGCUGCUGCCUCUUGUGCCUCUCUGGAUGCCGUGGGUGCUUGCCUCUCUUCAUCUCUGUAGGAUAACUGCAGACCUCUCAGGACUCUCCGUCUGGCAGAGUGUGGUCUUUGCUUGUUGAACAAAGUUAGAACAACUUUGCUUCCAACAAUGUCCUCAGCACUCUCUGGAGUCUAAGUCCUGCGUUGUCUCCACAUCUCUUGGGCAAAAGAUCCGGUGUCGACUCUUCAGAACUUUGGCAAUGCUCCCCGGCAGCUCUGGCGAGCAGCAUCGCUCCCCUCCGGGGGAGAACUCUGAAUUCAGUGUCUGUGACUCUCUCUUUUAUAGUCUCAUCCUCUAAUACACACACAUUAUCUGUACGCUCAGUUGCCUAAGUCAUAAGGUUUAGACACCGUCUAACUCUUGUAAUCACAUACAUCAGUUACACAGAAAUCAUGUUUUUCCAGCAAGUACACAGCAUCCACCUUCCGUUGUUAACACACACACACAUUGCUUGAGACAUGUUGCCAUGACUAUAUUUGGCCACAGAACUUCAUCAAUGUCCUCCUUUCUGCAGUGUCAUGGUGACUUCUGCUUUUUGCCCUGCACACACACAGCUUAAACAGGGAUUACUUUAGUUAUCAUUCAGAUACACAGAAUCACUUUUUAAAUCAUUCUUCUUAGUCUAAACAUAAUAAAUCAUCUGAAUCAUCAAUCAACAAUUUUAAAUAUAUAUUUCAGCAAGCAUAAUCAUGUGGUUAACUUAUAAUGUUUCUCAUUUUAACUUUUCAUUGGUUUGCUUAAAGCUUUUAUUUAGGUAGUGGGUGCUCCUGGGAUCUCAAAUAACUAGGCCCCACUUGACAAUAUGUGUAUUCUUGUAUGUGCUGUUUAUGUAUUCUGUAAUUUUGAUUUGUAUGCAUUGUGUGUACAUGUUGCAUGUUGGUAUUUUCACAAAUGAAAUUCUGAAGAAUAGCUGCUGCCUUGCAAAAGCUAAUAGGGGAUCUCGAUUAAACAAGCAAAUAAAAACAUUUGCACACCAAUAAACAACAGUGCUGGUUACUAUUAGAUUCUGUAAAUUCUAAAUGAUUCCAGAGAGAGAAUGGAUGUGGACCAGGACCCAGCAGCAGGUCACACUGUAGAUCUGAUGGACUGAUAGAAGAGCAGCAGCUGAUGUUUCUGCAGCACACAGGAUGAACAGGAGGAUUGGAUGGAGCUGAAUGAUGUGUUUCCUGUGCAGGUGAAGGUAAACGGUGUGUGUGAGCUGCUGUGAGUUCAUCAGCAUGGAUCAGUGUGAGGAUCCUCACAGCUCUCUGUGGGGGGAACAGAAGAAGCAGAACAAAGCUCAGAGGAAAGAACCUGAACUUGAUCCUGGAUCUGAACCUGAAUCUGCAUCCAGCUGUGUGUCCUUCAAGAGUGACCUGUCAAAGAAUUUUAGUCUUGACUUUAAAGAAGAACAAACUUCUGCUGUGACGAGAACAUCUAUUUAUCAGAGACCCAAACAUGGAUUUGAACCUGAACCUGAAUCUGAAUCUGAAUCUGGAUCUGGAUCUGGAUCUGGAUCUGGAUCUGAACCUGGACCUGCACCCAGCUGUGUGUCCUUCAAGAGCGACCGGUCAAAGCAUUUUAUUAUUCACUUUGAAGGAGAACAACCUUCUGCUUCAAAGAGAGUGGAUCAGCAGAACUCAGAGGUUCCCCGAUCUCAGUCUGACCAGCAGCAUCACCUGGACUCUAUAUUCAUGCUGCUGGAGGACAACAUGGUGACUUUUGUGAAGAAGGAGCUGAAGAAGAUGCAGAAGGUUGUGAGUCCAGAUUACCCAGAAUGCUCAGAGAGUCAGAGGGAGGAUGAGGAGGAGUUGGAGGGUGAUGAUGAAGAUGAGAGGAGCAGCAGAGAGAUGUUUGAGCAGAUCACAGUGUUGUUCCUGAGGAGGAUGAAGCAGGAGAAGCUGGCUGACUGUCUGCAGAGCAAACUUUCUCCUGGAGUUUGUGGACGUAAACUUAAACGUGGUCUGAAGAAGAAGUUCCAGAGAGUGUUUGAGGGCGUCGCUAAAGCAGGACAGAAGACCCUCCUGAAUGAGAUCUACACAGAGCUGUACAUCACAGAGGGAGGGACUGCAGAGGUCAAUGAUGAACAUGAGGUCAGACAGAUUGAAGCAGCAUCCAGGAAAGCAGUCAGAGCAGAAAGAAUCAUCAGAGCAGAAGACAUCUUUAGAGGCUCACCUGGAAGAGAUGGACCAAUCAGAGCAGUGAUGACAAAGGGGGUGGCUGGCAUCGGGAAAACAGUGUUAACACAGAAGUUGACUCUGGACUGGGCUGAAGACAAAAGCAACCAGGACAUCCACUUCAUGUUUCCAUUGACCUUCAGAGAGCUGAAUGUGCUGAAAGAGAGAAAGUUCAGUUUGGUGGAACUUGUUCAUCACUUCUUCAGUGAAACCAAAGCAGCAGGAAUGUGCAACUUUGAAGACUUCCAGGUUGUGUUGAUCUUUGAUGGUCUGGAUGAGUGUCGCCUUCCUCUGGACUUCCACAACAAUGAGGUCCUGACUGAUGUUAGAGAGUCCACCUCAGUGGAUGUGCUGCUGACAAACCUGAUCAGGGGGAAUCUGCUUCCUUCUGCUCGCCUCUGGAUAACCACACGACCUGCAGCAGCCAAUCAGAUCCCUCCUGACUGUGUGGACAUGGUGACAGAGAUCAGAGGGUUCACUGACCCACAGAAGGAGGAGUACUUCAGAAAGAGAUCCAGAGAUGAGGAGCAGGCCAGCAGCAUCAUCUCCCACGUGAAGACAUCACGAAGCCUCCACAUCAUGUGCCACAUCCCAGUGUUCUGCUGGAUCACUGCUACAGUUCUGGAGGAGCUGCUGAGAACCAGAGAGGGAGGAGAUCUGCCCAGAACCCUGACUGAGAUGUUCAUCCACCACCUGGUGGUUCAGACCAAAGUCAAGAAGGUCAAGUAUGAUGGAGGAGCUGAGACAGAUCCACACUGGAGUCCAGACAGCAGGAGGAUGAUUGAGUCUCUUGGAAAACUGGCUUUUGAGCAGCUGCAGAAAGGAAACCUGAUCUUCUAUGAGUCCGACCUGACAGAGUGUGGCAUCGAUCUGAAAGCAGCCUCAAAGUACUCAGGAGUGUUCACACAGAUCUUUAGAGAGGAGAGAGGGCUGUACCAGGACAAGGUGUUCUGCUUCGUCCAUCUGAGCGUUCAGGAGUUUCUGGCUGCAGUCUACAUGUUCCACUGCUACACCAAGAGGAAGGAGAAGGUUCUGGAGGACUUCCUGGGAACAGACUGGAAAGAUGAGACCAGAGACACUCUGGAUGUGUUCCUGAAGAGAGUGAUGGAGAAAUCCCUGAGAAGUAAAAAUGGUCACCUGGACCUGUUUGUUCGCUUCCUUCAUGGCCUCUGUCUGGAGUCCAACCAGAGACUGUUAGGAGGUCUGCUGGGUCAGACAAAGAACCAUCCAGAAAUGAUCCAGAGAGUCCUCAACAACCUGAAGGAGAUGAACAGUCAUGAAAUGUCUCCAGACAGAAGCAUCAACAUCUUCCACUGUCUGAUGGAGAUGAAGGAUCUCUCGGUACAUCAGGAGAUCCAAGAGUUCCUGCAGUCAAAGAACAGAUCAGAGAAGAAACUCUCUGAGAUCCACUGCUCAGCUCUGGCCUACAUGCUGCAGAUGUCAGAGAAGGUUCUGGAUGAGUUGGACCUGAACAAGUACAACACAUCAUAUGAGGGAAAACGGAGACUGAUUCCAGCUGUGAGGAACUGCAGAAAGUUUGGACUUUAUGACUGUGGACUCUCAGAGAGUCACUGUGAAGUUGUGGCCUCAGCUCUGAAGUCCAACCCCUCCCAUCUGAUAGAACUGGACCUGAACUACAACGACCUGCAGGAUUCAGGAGUGAAGCAUCUUUGUGCUGGACUGCAGAGUCCAAACUGUAAACUGGAGACUCUCAGGUUGGAGCGAUGCAGGUUGUCAGAGAUCAGCUGUGAUUCUCUGGUCUCAGCUCUGAAGUCCAACCCCUCCCAUCUGGAACAUCUGGACCUGAGUGACAACAACCUGCAGGAUUCAUCAGUGAAACAUCUGAGUGGUUUUGUGGAGAGUCCAGGCUGCAUCCUGAAGACUCUGAGAUUGGUGCAAUGCAGUUUGUCAGAGAUCAGCUGUGAUUCUCUGGUCUCAGCUCUGAAGUCCAACCCCUCACAUCUGGAACAUCUGGACCUGAGCUACAACAACCUUCAGGAUUCAGGAGUGAAACAUCUGAGUGGUUUUGUGGAGAGUCCAGACUGCAUCCUGAAGACUCUGAGAUUGAUUCACUGCAAGUUGUCACAGAUCAGCUGUGAUUCUCUGGUCUCAGCUCUGAAGUCCAACCCCUCCCAUCUGGAACAUCUGAACCUGAGCGAAAACAACCUGCAGGAUUCAUCAAUGAAACAUCUGUUAGAUCUUAAGGAGAGUCCAGACUGCAGCCUGAAGACUCUGGGAUGGAAGUGAUGCUGAUCAGGACGGUGUUUGUGCUGAGAGGAUGAAGUGUCCUGAUGAUCCAGAGGUUGAAGCAGCAGCAGCAGCUGGUGUAGCUGCGCUUGGCGUCAAUAAUGAAGCAGAGAGUCUCCAAAACGGGUGCAAUUUUAAUAGCAUAUAGUCAAGCACCGUGAAACUAUAAAUAGAAACAAAAGUGUAAGCACAAAUAUAACACCACAAAGCACAUUCUUACAUUUUACAGCACCAUAUUUACAUACAUAAAACCAAGCAGCACCUUAAAUUAUUCAGCCGACUCAAAAUAUUAUACAUAUCAAUACACAAAUUACGUGACACAAUAACCAUGUGCCUGCAACACAGCCUGAGCGGACUCGCCUCGCUCCGCUCACCAAGGGUGCAAAAACUCCUUAGCCUUAGCUAGCUUCCCCAGUACCAUCAACAGCGCCGCAGCGGCGCAUCACACCGAUGUCCUAAAAACAAACACACGUUGGCAAACCGCGAACGCGGGUUAACAUCGCAUUCUGUGUAAGACUGGCAUUUAGUGACCGAAGUAAACCUCAACAUACCGUGCCAAUCCGAACAGACGCCGCCGAGGCGUACGCAGCAGGAGGCUAUUUCCUUUUAGCUUCUAUGCUCUACUGCUUCCGCUCGCUCACGCAGGUUAUGAGGACCUGCGGAGCUUUAACCCUUUAAUGAUGGAGCCGAACAAUUCAGCUGUCGCUUACAGCUGGUGUGUAGAGACUCUGACUGGACCAUGUUACUGGAAGGUGGACUGGGAAUCAGUAUGAAAUGUGUUGUUCCUGUACAGUUUAGUGUUGCAGCUCCACACCGUUAAUGAUGGAGAAGUUCAAUUAAUGUUGACUUGAUCCGUUGGAGGUUGAUGUCAGGUUUCAGAGUGUGCAGGAAGUUACAGGAUGUUUCCACUCUGACUGAUAUCUGCCCACUUGGAGCCUCAAUUCCAGGUUUUCAGCCCUUGGUCUGUUUGUGGGAAUGUUCCAGCGUUAUCUUUUAGUUUUGUCCUCACAUUAGCAUGACGUCAUGGUUGGUAAUGAUUCAAUCUGACCUUUAUUAACACAUAAUCGUGAAACACAUCCUGACUCAGCUUGUAAAUAACACUCAGGGCCUUUAGGUGUUUAAUCAGGACUUUUCCAGCACAUAUUAGUUUUUGCUUGAAAUGAAAUGUCCUGAAAAUUCCACAGCAGGUGUUUCUCCUGUUUGUAGCUUUAGUUGUGGGCAGUGAGUGUAGGUGAGUCCAAGCAGGGUUUUCAUUUGGACUUUUAUCUGCUCAACGUAGGAGAGUUCAGUUUGGUUCUAACUUGUAAUCAGAAAUCUUCUUGUAGUUUCUCUUCAUUUCUUUUCAGUAGCAUCCGUCGCCCUCCGUUGCUCCUUUUUCUGUCUCCUGUGUUGUUUGAUUUGUGUUAACUCAACAACUUUCUUCAAUAAAUCAGUCAUCUUUGGUUCA